AACUGGCUAACUAUACCAUAAUUUGGUGCUUGAUUUGAUAUUUACUGUCAAGAAAACAUCACUGUACUGUGCAGCCACAAACCUGUCAGCUGAUUUGCUAACUAGAUGUCAGCCAUAAAUUCUAGCACCAGUUCAGCAAAGGUUGGAAGGUCUCAGGCCAGGUUCGCUUCGAGCAAUGACAUGAUGUCUAACAGCACCUUUAAAAGGUCUCCUUUGCUGAAAGACAGUGAUUCUGACCUCACACCCUCUCUGAAAGAUAACACAGACACAGAGAGACUUCAGAGGGAGAAUGCUAAGCUGAAAAUGGAGCUUGAGGACUUGCGGGCCCAGUACCAGCAGUUGCUAGAGGAAGGGAAAGAAGAGACAUUUGAUGAGAGGAGAGUCAAUCUGUUGAAGGCUCAUGUGAUGCAGCUGGAGAGACAGCGCUCCCACACAGAGUGUUUGUUUUCGUUCACACCACCUCGAGCUGCGCUCCGGCUCUGCAAACACCGGGGCCCUACUCCGGAGACGGGCCUGACAGGCUCCCUGCAAGCCCGGGCCGGCUCUCGGCCGCGCAGCUCGCGAGCAGGUGCAGAGGGCCCCCGCAGGCCCUUGACCUCUCACCCCUGCGGGAGGCUCUGCUCGUUUGACGACGCUGACAGUUGCUGUCUUCCUCUACCCGCCCUCUUGCAGAGCGCCCUGGAAUCCCGGCUGAGCCAGCUGUUCAAACACCUGCACGGGAUGAGGCAGACCCUGGGCUUCAUCCUCGCCCCAGGGCCCGACCCCGGCGACCAGGCCCGGCAGCUGCUCACCCCCGCGGCCUACGCCCGCCUGCUGAACCAGGUGACCCACUGCAGCCAGGAGCUGGACCGCUGCUGUUCCGACCUCCUGACCCUGUCUCUGAUCAUACCCUCUGCACCCUGGGCCAGCACGGAGCAGGAGGUGACCCAGGAGCUGAGCGCGGACGCCGUGUUAGCGCUGCUGCCCGCCUUCCCCCGGGGCGCCCCCCAGCAGCGGGCGAGGAGGGCAGCCGAGGCCCUGGCCCGCGCCGCAAAUUACUCCCGGAUGAUGGCCAUGAAGCAGGUGGAGGCCCUGCAGGCGGAGCUGGACUUCCAUCGCAGCCUCUACAGCCUGCAGAUCCGAUACACAGAGGGCCUCAUCCAAGCCAUACGCCAGGCCUACCAGGUCUUUCAGGAGAACGUGGCACAGAGUCUGUGCGCACCCCUGCAAGACGUACUUUCAUGUUACGACAGCCUGAAAAGCACGGCGUCGGAGGCAGCCCUCCGCGAUUUCCUGACAGCCUUUAAAAACAACUCAGAGCAGAUCCAGGAGGCAGCGGAGGCGCUCGACCCUUCAAAGAGCCAAGGAGAUGAGGCCCUCUCAAGGUAUGGGAAAGAGUUCUUUAGCUCGGUAGAAGAGCUGCUGAAGGAUUGCGCGUCUCAGAGGGACAGAGCCGCCAACGAGCUGCAGUUGCUGAAAUCGGAGUACGACAAGGCCUGCGCGAGCCUCCAGGCUCUCAGGAAGGAGCGCAGGGAGCGCAGGGCAGCUCCGAGGCAGCAGGGGGCGCCACCUGGGGCGGGAGGAGCGGAGGGAGCGGGACGGGACAGCCCGAGCGAGAACAGGGCAGACGAGGAGCCCGAGAGCCAGGCCAAGGCGGCGACGGCACCCGCCGUGCUGCUGAAGCCGAAGCCAAGCGCGCUCAGGAAAGCGCUGUCGGCCGACCUGCCGUCCGCCACCUCCGAGACGGGCGCAUCGCAGCAGUCCCGGGUCACGCAGAGGCCAACCAAUCGCGGGCAAGGGAAAAGCCCCACCAGGAGCAAGAGCUUGAAAGUGCCUCCCAGGCCGUCGUGGCAGAGCUAG